AGGAGACUUUCCAUGAGAUUUUCACGCUAUCUCCCAACUGCAUCUCCAACGCUGCUGCUACUCAGUCAUCGGUGGUUAUGUCAAUAUUUUAAGUACGUUCGACGCAUAUCUAUCUUACUCACACGGAUGCGAUGGACAAUUAUGAAGAAUCGGACGUUGAGAUGGUGCCUAUCGAAGAAGAAGAUGUCAAUAAAAGAUCGAAUCCGAGGAAGCAGACGCUAGACAAUCUUGAAAACUCCUUGGGUACAUUUACAACAGGCAUUGAUGUAUUUAGUAAAGAGGAGAGAUUGAAAAUGGAAGAGAGAGCAAAGCGUUUUGGUUUGACAGAGAAAUCUAAAGUUUCAAAUGAAGAAGAGGAUUUAUAUAACGACAUGGGUAUUACCGAUGACAGCGAAAAUGCAAAAAAUGUUAGACUGAAUGUAAUUCACAUGAGAGGAACUGAAGAAAUGAGCACUAAAGAUGUGUUUAAGUACUUCCAAGACUAUGCUCCGCAAACUAUUGAAUGGAUCAAUGAUGUUUCAUGCAAUGUGGUUUGGUUUGAUAAUGUAUCAGCAGCCAGAGCUAUGCUAGGGUUAUCUAAACGUAUUCAGGGCAGUGUUCCGAAAUAUUCGGAUCGAGAAAAAAAUGUGGACAGCAAAACAGACAGUGAUAUAAUAAAAUACAGUGAAAAUGAACUUACAGAUGUGGAUAAGGACAGAAAAGAGAAUUGUAUAAACAUUAAAGAUAUUAAUUGUCCAUUACCUCCUGGUAUAUGGAGAAAAGGCAUAGAUCAUCCGAAAUCUAAAGGAAUCUUUUUAAGAUUUGCCACUAGAAUGGACAAAAAGCAAGGUAAAGCAGAAAAGUCGAGCGAAUAUUACAAGAAGUAUGGGAACCCUAAUUUUGGAGGUAUUAAAGGAAUUUUGACAGAGUCUCGCAAGCGUGCGUACAGGCAGAGUCAGCAAGAUAACCACAAUCUAACAGACGAAGACAAACAUAAAAAUGAAGUGAAAAAUCCGUGGGGUGCAUUAUCUGAGACAUGGGGUUUGAAUGAUGUUGUUGAGAGAGAAUUUCUUCCGAAAAAUGAAAAAAAUCCCAUUCGAGACCAAGGACGUAAUAUAAAAGAGAGAUUGGGUGUCAAAUGCUCAAACAAAGAUGUAGCACAGAAGGAAGAAUCAGGAGAAGCAAGCUCGAAUAGCGACAGUGAUGAGGAUUGGUGUACGCGGAGUAAAAUUCCUCGCAUGCGAAUGCAUGCCGACGAUGAAGAAGAGAAGCUACAGAAGCGGCGAUUAAAACAGUAUCAAAUGACUCUUAAUAAUUUAAAUAACAGUAACGACUUAAGAUCAAAAUUGGAAAGACCGAGAAUGAAGAAGCAAUUCCACGAGCCUAUUCAAGUAGUGGUUGUGAAUACGCACCCAAUACAAUCAAAACGAAAUAAUUCCGAUGCAAUGCGUCAGCACGAUCGUCACGUUGUGAGAGAAACACAAUCAUCGGAAAAAGAAGAGGGAGAAUGGCAGGGAUCAGAAGAUGAAAAUGGUCAAGAAGAAAUAGAAGAAGAAGAAGAAAAGGAGAAACAAACACACGAACAACAUGUCUUUAUCGAGGAGGCGGAGGAAGAUGAGAAAGAGGAGGAAGAGGAAGAAACCGAACACAAAGAGGACGAAGACAGCAGCGGUGAAGAAAAUAAUGAUGUGCCUGCGAGGGAAGUUCAAGGUCCGCAAGGAAGUGUGAUUAAAGUAGUUCCACCUAAGCCACGCAUUGCGUCCACCGUAUGGGCAAGAUUAAAUGUCAAAAGUGAGGUUUCUAAUAACAGCUAUUUGAGAACCAGGGAAUCGAGCAGCCGCGACUUGAGGAAUACUUUAAAAGGCGGUGAUCUACGGUCACGUAUUGGAAAACACACCAGAGGACGUUCACCGCUAAGAAUAGAAGUAAGAAACGAUAAAUACACAAAAGAUAGCGAGAAUGAUGUGUGUACAAAUUAAUUUUUCACAAAUUUAAAAUUUGUAAAGAACACGUUUAUUUUACGGACGCAUCAUUUUAAGACAAGUGUUACUUUUGCGGAAUAUUUGAUAUAAAUAAGAAGACGAAAUUUGUGUGUGCGCAAAAAAAUAUAUGCAAUUUACAAGGUUUUAUCAUUGUAAUCUCUUUAUUGAGCCGAUACCUCACGUCCGAUCACAUUGGAUUCUCGGAUGGCUCACGAAUACAUAAAACUGGAGGAUUUCUCACGAAAUUCAAAUUUUCGUUUUCAAACGAAAAUCAACAUCGUUGAACUUUAUACAAUAUAUUUUUCAUGCGUGCAACAAAAUCUCAUUGUAUAUAUACAUAUAACGUAUAUAUUGUCGUAUAUAUACAUAUUACGAUCGCAUGCAUGACAAAAUCCGAUCAUUGAUCAGAUCUGUAAAGUAUCGGCUUUAGAAAAAUUUCGAUUAUUUUUAUACACGUGUAUAUCAUCGAAACUCAGCGGAAAAUGAUUUAAUUUGUAAAAAGAACUCUUCUGUUUUAUACUACGUUAUACAUGUUUAUGACGAAUCUUUUAGCAAUAAUCGUUUAUAUGUAUUAUUUGUAUCGCUAAACAGGCUGAUGGAUGCUUCCGAUGCUAAUGUAUGUAAAUCAAACACAAAGAGAUUGUGUGUAUAUUUACAAAUACACGAUAUUUCUUUAGCUAAAAACAGCACAUAACUUAGUAAUAAUCCGAUCACAUUGUGCAAUUAUGAAAAAAAAAAAAUAAAGAUUUUUAAUUAA